AUGCCCCCCGACUCCAAAACCAAGAUCCGCCCGCAACAAUCAUGCCUAAGAUGUCGCGAGCGUAAAGUCAAGUGCGAUCGCUCAAUCCCUUGUCACGCCUGUAUCAUUCGUGGCAUCGAGUCCGAAUGCACAUACCUAACUACCCCCGAAGACCGCGAGCAUAUUGGCCAAGCGGAGGUUAUUGACCGACUACGUCGCGAGGUCGCGGAGCUGCGUACCCAGUUAUCUCAGGGUCCGCGACCAAGACCCCAUCCGAAAGCGCUUAGUGAGCGCGGUAAGAGCCGUGAUCGUGCGCCGUAUGCGCGCCCGUCGAAGUCGGGGAAGGGUUCAGGGUCAGGGUCAAGGUCAGGGUCAGGGUCCGAUGGCGUGGGUGGCGGGUAUGCGGGGGGAGCUGGUGCGGGCGGCGCAGGCGCUGUCGCAGAUAUGAGAGAGGGGAGUUGGGAUGGCUCGUCGCCUUCUUCGUCUAUGACGCGAUCGAUGUCUAUCAACAGUCCUGGUAGUACGGGGAGUGGGACCGCGAGUCAUGCGCAGGUGUAUCCGGGAUCGACGUUUGGGACGAAUAUUGCAGAGGAUAUGACGACCACAAGCGCAGCGUUUAUUGGAGCUAAUUUCAUGGACGAGACUCUAGCACAUUGCCAAGGAGGCAUCUCGGCUUUUGCACCGGGCGAGAUCCCUGCCUCGAUUCCUAUGCAGAAUUUACAGCCACAAGCUUCAGGGAUACAUGUGAUGCCUGCAUCACAGAUGUACCAAGGCGGCAACGCAGUGGAAAAUUGGGGCAAUGCACCAUACAUGCAGGACUAUGCUCCAGCCCCAGCCCCACAUACGAGUUCAUCUGGAAUCUACGAGCCUCAAUUGUAUCAACAUAACCCGCAAUGGGGACAGGCACACCAGUUUGCGCCCGUACCCCCGUAUCUGGACUCAUAUUCUUCGUCAUCUAUUGGUGUAUUCGCUGCAAACACAGAUUCACUAAAUGUCCAUUCGUCGCAGCAACCAUCACACAGCCCGAGUUCACAACAAUUUUCUAGUCCUGAAUCACUCUCGCAGCAUCCUCUCUUUGCUAUGCCAAGCUCAUGGACAGGCAAGGGGAAGCAGGAGCUUCUGGAAACUCUGCUCGAGACGAUCGGUAGUUGUGACGAGGCGCAGGUGGCGCAGGUCGUGCAGGUUGUCAGGACCAGUGCGACGCCUGAAGAAGCUGUCUCAGGGAUCUGUCGGGUCCUUGGGAUUGGGAGGGGGCGAUAA